AUGGAGAAAACACUGUGGAUUUUGAUUAUUUUCUUGGCUAUUGGACUUACCAAAACAGCGAAUAUUCUCAUCCUUCUUCCACUUCCACUUUAUAGUCAUACAAACACUUUUUUGCCUAUUUUUAAAGAAUUGGCUACACGAGGCCAUAAUAUCACAAUGGUGUCACCAUAUCCUCAAAAACAAAUUCUUCCUAACUGGACUGAUAUCACGAUUGAUAUUUCAAUAUUCAAGAUUUUCAUGGAUGAAACAAUUAAAGAAUUUAUGAGUCAUAAUGUAUAUUUGUUUUACUUUGCAUUCUGGAGAUUUUGCUCCAAUGUCAUGGAAUUGGCAUACCAGGAUAAAAAUCUGCAAAAACUCAUUCAUAGUGAAGAACUUAGUUAUGAUUUGUUGAUUCUUGAACCAUUCUUUGCUCAAGAAUCACUUAUAGCUUUUGGACAUAAAAUGAAUGUGCCUGUUAUUGCUCUGCAUCCCAUAUCACUGUCUCCUUGGCCUGCUCAUUUGAGUGGCAAUGAAUUUUCAUUAUCUUUGUCCCCAAAUUAUCGUACUGGAUAUACAAGCCGUAUGACCCUAACUCAGAGAUUAGAUAAUACAUUUAUUAAUUUAAUAGAAUUCUUCACAGCCUAUUUUCUUUAUUUGCCGCAGCAGGAAAAGUUAAUGGAAGAUUACAUGGUAUAUCCUGGCUACAAAAAUAGGCCACCUAUUCUUGAUAUGUUAAAAAAUGUAUCUUUAACUUUAAUAGAUUAUCACCAUUCAGUAGGAUAUGUUAAUCCCUUACAACCCAAUACCAUACCAGUUGGAGGCCUCAGUUUAAAGCAUGCUGAUCAACUGCCUAAAGACUUAAAAGACAUUAUUGAAGAGUCUAAUAGCGCUGUGAUUUAUCUUAGUUUUGGUUCCCAUGUUAGUGGAGGAGACGUAUCAGCAAAAAUACUAAAAGCUUUAUUAGAGGCUUUUGAAAAAUUAGAUCAAAGGGUGCUGAUGAAAUGGGAAAAUGUAAACAUUGCUAAUAAACCAAAGAAUGUUGAAAUUAGAAAAUGGUUUCCACAACCAAGUGUUUUAGCUCAUCCUAAUGUUCAUCUUUUCAUAUCACAUGGUGGCCUGCAUGGUAUCACUGAGGCUUCCUUUUAUGGAGUCCCAAUUCUAGGAAUUCCUUUCUUUUCUGAUCAAGAAUAUAAUUUACGAUUUGUGGAACAAUUGGGUACUGGCUUAACUCUGUUACAAAAAGAUGUUAGUAAAGAUAGUCUACUCAAUGCCAUUCAUGAAUUGUUAAAUAAUUCUAGUUACAGAGAAACUGCACUGAAAAGAUCACAAAUUGUAAAUGACAGGCCGCAUUCGGCACUUGAGUCUGCUGUUUAUUGGGUUGAGUAUGUGCUGAGACAUGAGGGAGCUAGGCAUCUGAGACCAGCUAGGUUAGAUCUUUCAAUUCAUCAGCUUCUUUUAUUUGAUAUCAUGCUGCUAUUUUCAUUUACCGUGGUGAUCAUAACUUUAAUAAUAGUAGUGUGUAUAAAAUGUUCAUUUUUACUACUUACAAAAAUGAAAAAUAGAAGUAAAAAAAACAUGUGAUGCUUCUUUUCCUGUACAUUAUGAACCUCCUACAUAAUGAAUUGGUACUAAUUUUCCUUUAUGAAAUUUCUUGUGAACACAAUAAAU